CCCGGCAGGGCGCGGGCGGCGCCUGGCGGCCCCGGGGCGCCCGGAGAGCGGCGGCAGCGGCGGGCGGCCCGGCGGGGCUGGAGCCCGGCUCGGCUCCGCUCCAUGGAAGCGGCCAACGGGGCCCUGCCCGACGGCGCGGCGGGCAGCAAGGGGGGCGUCGCGGCCGCUCCGUCGGGCAAGAAGGAGGUGAAGGUGGUGAUCGUGGGGGACGGCGGCUGCGGGAAGACCUCGCUGCUGAUGGUGUACGCCAAGGGCGCCUUCCCCGAGCAAUAUGCACCGUCCGUGUUUGAGAAGUACACCACCAGUAUUACCAUUGGCAAAAAGGAAGUCAUCCUGAAUCUGUAUGACACCGCAGGGCAGGAGGACUAUGAUCGGCUAAGACCACUCUCUUACCAGAACACAAACGUAGUGUUAAUUUGUUACGAUGUCAUGAACCCCACCAGCUAUGACAAUGUAGCAGUUAAGUGGUAUCCUGAAGUGAAUCACUUCUGCCGAGGCGUCCCGCUCGUGCUGAUCGGCUGCAAGACAGACCUUCGGAAAGACAAAGAGCAGUUGCGUAAGCUCAGGGCUUCUAAGCAGGAACCCAUUACUUACAACCAGGGUGAAGCAGCUUGCCAGCAGAUAAAUGCAGAAGUUUAUCUGGAGUGCUCAGCAAAAUGUCGUGAGAACAUAGAAAAAGUUUUUAAAGAAGCAACAACCAUUGCAUUAAGUGCCAUGAAAAAAGCCAAGCGCCAAAAGAAACAGAGAGCGUGCUCAGUGUUAUGAUCCGGACUGCAGGAGCGCAUUGACUGCACAAGAGCCACAUGAUUCAGAUUUUAGCAAGUGUGACUCUUUUCUUCCCCAUUUGUAUUCUUGCAAUUAUUUUUAUUUUUAAAAUUUAAAACUUCUAAGUAUUUUUGUACUUUUGUUACACCGCUCUCGCAAAGUUUUGAAGGCUCUUUAUCAAGGCUAACUGAUGCUGCAUGUCUUUGCCUUUUGCUCCCAACUGCAAACCACCACCAGUGAGGUCUUGGAUUCGCUACUUAAAUUGCGAUGAACAGGGGCUGCUACUAUGACUUCUGGUUUUUUCCUCUGCUAAAUUGUGGCAUAUUGUAGCUACAAUUUACAGCCUUUUUCAAGGAGAAAGGACACAUCUUUCAGCAGUUUUGUUAGAGCAGCCCAUCGGGCACCUUGGAAGACAGGAAUUAAGUUUGGUAUUAACAUUCUCAAAUUAAUUUGCUUGGUGGCAGUGCUGUGAGUUAGCCUCAAGCUGCCACCACAGGGCACAGCCAAAGCAUCCACUCCCCGUGAGCCAACUUUGCGGAGCUGCUCCUUCAGAUGGCUCCUUGCAAGGCCAGUACUGUAACAGAAAGUGGUAUUUAUCUUUGGAUAUGCAUUGGUUGCUCCAAUCCAAACGUAGAGCACCACAGAAAAUAAUUUACAGCAUGCAAAGAUAAAAGUGCUCCAGUCAGCUACUGUGUAAAAUAAAAGCAGUUUUACAAUAAACUUAUAUAGCUUAUUUAAUA